UAGGUGAUUGAUAAAUUAGUUAUUAGUCUUAAGAACUCUUCCACAAGAAAACUUACUUCUUAUUUAAGGUCUCAUUCCUUAAGUUGUUGAUCUUCUGUACUUUUGUUGUUUGUAUUUUCAAAGUAUUUGGUGAAGAAAUGGUUCUAACUUGGAAAUCAAUGAUCCCAUGUUGUUACAAAGUAGAUGAUGAGUUUGUAAGAUCAAAGAAACAGGUCAAAAAACAAAGUUCAUUUCAGAGAUUGUCUCUUUUGGAUUUUGAUGAUCCAAGUUCACCACUAUCUGCUGAUGGACUUUCCAAUUCAUUCAUUGGAUCAAGCCUUAUCAACUUCACAUUUACUCAACUUAGAGAGGUUACACACCAUUUUUCAUCUGCUAAUUUUCUUGGUGAAGGAGGAUUUGGACCGGUUUACAAGGGAUUCGUCGACGACAAGCUUAGGCCGGGGUUAAAACCUCAGGUUGUGGCUGUUAAGGUGUUGGAUACAGAUGGUUUGCAAGGCCACAAGGAAUGGCUGACAGAGAUAAUAUUCCUGGGGCAACUGAGGCAUCCACAUCUGGUAAAAUUGAUUGGAUACUGCUGGGAAGAUGAUAAUAGACUCCUAGUCUAUGAAUUCUUGCCAAGAGGAAGCUUGGAAAAUCAACUCUUUGGAAAGUUUUCGAUCACAUUAUCGUGGUCAACAAGGAUGAAGAUAGCAUUAGGAGCAGCAAAAGGACUCGCGUUCCUCCAUGAAGGCGAAAAACCAGUCAUAUACAGAGAUUUUAAGGCAUCAAACAUCUUAAUAAAUUCAGAUUACACUGCUAAACUUUCUGAUUUCGGACUAGCAAAAGAUGGACCAGCAGGGGAUGAUACACAUGUAUCGACACGAAUAAUGGGUACACACGGCUACGCAGCCCCUGAAUACAUCAUGACAGGUCAUUUGACAACAAUGAGUGAUGUAUACAGUUUUGGAGUAGUUCUGUUGGAAAUGCUGACUGGUAAAAGAUCUUUGGAUAAAAAAAGACGAGAAGGAGAAACGAAUUUGGUUGAAUGGUUAAGGCCUUAUUUAAGAGAUCCUAAGAAAAUUGCCCGUGUGAUGGACCGACGACUUGAAGGUGAAUACCCGAUUAAAGGCGCACAAACUGCAGCAUUAGUAGCAUACAAAUGCUUGAGUCAUUAUCCUAAGCCUAGGCCUUCAAUGGAUGAUGUUGUCAAGAUUCUUGAGACACUUCAGGAGGAAAGCAACAACACUGACACUGCAAUUAGUGAUCCAAUGAUAACGAUGACAUCAAACAGUGAUUUCAGCAGUGGGAGUGAGAAAAAUGGCGAAAAAGAGGAUGCUGCAACACCGGAACGAAAUGGGAGAAACAGAAAGGAGAAGUACUUGAAUGGGAAAAAUCAAGGUUAUGGCUGGAGACAGAGAAUCAAUAGGCAGAGAAUGGUGGCGUCUUACUCGGAUACAGCUCUUUAUAGAAGACAUUGAGAUAUGGCAAAUAUAGCUACCUCAAACAUUGCAGUGAAGAAUCUAAGUAAUGGCACUUCACUUGGCAUCACUAGCUAUAGAACUUUUGCACUACAGCAAAAAUGAUAAAAAUUCAGAAAAUACUGUGUGUAUAAAGGUGGAUUCUUUUGAGAAACACAUGGUAGUAAAUAUUAAUGCGGUAAGCAGUAUAUAGAAUGUCUAAGCAGCAUACUGCUUAUAGGAUUGUAACUUUUCUCAUCUUUUGUGAACUCUUCAGUAGUUAGAUAUGAAAUGGAGACUAAACCCAUUCUAUUGUAAGGUCUGAAAUGGAUAUGCCAUUUCAUACAUGGAAUUGUGGUAUUUAGCAACCAAGAUUGUGAUCAAGCGAUCAAUGAAGCCGGUGAAAACUACGGGGAGAUCAGAUUUCAGAUUUCAGCCGAAGACAAAGUUAUCCAGAGUUCAGCCAAAAACAGAGUUAUCCGAUACAUGUGUUGAUGGGAUGUAACAUGCGAGCAGGUACCACUGUAAUAAUUGCGGUGCGUGCGAGUUGGCUCAAACACCACUGUUAUUAAAAAAAAAGUAUUGUGGGUAUUUAAUAAAAUGUGGAGAAGAUUUUCUUUGUUUAA